AUGUCCUCCGAUUCCUCAGAGAAAAUGUCGGCGGUGAAAGGCGCCGCUGCGCCAAUCUACUUUGGUCCAUUCCUAGUUACACCACAGGUCACUAAAUACCACCAAUUACCGCAGGUCUUCUACACAACACCCUUAACCUACGCCCUCGUGAACCUGAAACCAAUCUUACCCGGCCAUGUCCUCGUCUCACCCCGCCGCGUCGUCCCCCGCGUCUCAGACCUAACCGCCGCCGAAACAAGCGAUCUAUUCCUAACCGUCCGGCGCGUGGGACGAAUGGUCGAAAGGAUACACGGCGCUUCGGCUCUGAAUAUCGCCGUGCAGGAUGGUCUGAAUGCAGGACAGAGCGUGCCACAUGUGCACUGCCAUAUUAUCCCGCGCAAGGCGGCAGACUUAGAUCACCGCGGUGGCACGGAUGCUAUUUACGAUAUGCUGGAUGGAGAAGAAGGCGAUGUUGGCAAAGUAUUCCGUGAGGCUGGUAAUUCUAGCUCGGAGCGUGCGGAAACCAGGACGAGAUUCCCUGUUGUCGAUGAUAAAGAUCGUAAACCGCGUGGGCCGGAGGAUAUGAAGGCUGAGGCUGAGAUGCUGGCGCGAGAAAUGGAGAAGGAGCCCGUUGGUUGA